CUCAUUAUUACUGAAUGCAGUUGUGGGCUUGCACGGCUUGAACCACGAUUUUGGUCUGAAAACAUUUGCAGUGGAUACCAACUUUAAGAGGACUGACUGCCCGAGAGUCCCAUCCAACCGAAAAAGACCAAAAACAUGAGCUUCAGUUUCAAAAACACGGCCACCAGUACGGCGGGCACGGGCGGGGGUGGCGGUUUCAGUUUUGGCGGCUUGUCCACGGCUAACAAACCCAUGGGAAUGGCUCAGCCCAAUGCGGCUAGUAACACGACUUUUGGCACUAGCACAGGCUUUGGCGCGCCGGCAUCGGCGGGUGGUCUGUCUUUUGGACAAACCUCCAUCACGCCCGUGAUGUCCAAUCCGACCGCCAAUACCACAGGCUUUGGCACCAAUACUUCGAUGGGUGGGACGAGUGCAUUUGGGGGAGGAUUCGGCGGAGGUUUCGGCACGUCCACCGCGUCCACCGCCCCCAACACGGGCUUUGGGGGUCUGGGUGGGGGAUUUGGGACGACCGCCACGACCAGUGCCUUAGGGGCAGGAGUGUCAUUCGGCCCGGUUAAGACGACCGCACCCGCAUUUAACUCGAGCACAUUGGCCUCAUCGAGUUUGGCCUUUGGUCAGCCUAGUACCACUCCUGCCACGGGUUUCGGCGGUUUUGGCACGGCUUCGACCGCUCUGACCCAAGCUACGCCGUCUUUGGGAUUCGGUCAGACCACACCCGCUAGUUCAGCUAACACCAUGGGUGGAUUCGGGAGUGGUCUGGGAGCUCCUGCCCCUGCUUUUGGCGGAGCCUCGUCCGGUUUUGGUGCCUUGGGCUCCACGAGUCUGACUACAGCCUCUACCGGACUGGGUGGAUCUGUGACCCCCGCCCCUUUUACAGGGUUGGGAGGAGCCCCAAAUGCCCUGGCGGGCACGGCCAACUCGGCCAAUGACAACAAGAAUGGCUCCAAAACAGCCAAGGAAAACCACAUCCCUAAUGAAUUGGCUCAGACGGUGGAAGAGUUCAAGAAGUUCACUAAAGAGGAGCGGAGUGUCAGUUCGGACAUUGCUCACACUUCCUCCAAGAUUCACCAGAAAAUCAAGGCCGAAACGGACGGGUUAAUGAAUCUGGUCAAGGUGCUGUCGGCGGGUCUAGCCAAGAACAAAGUCCAACUCGAUCGGAUCAAGCUGGAUGCGGCUCAAGAGAUCUUGAACGUGGAAAUCGCUCAACGAACCAAGGACACUCCACCCACUCUUCAAUUUGAAAACACGGCACCUUAUGACUACUUCUCGCGUUUGGUGAGCAAGUUUGAAAAUCAAAUGUUGGCUUAUCGUCGACAAAUUAGUGAGACUGAGCACCACCUUCUGACCCUGACGGAGCAACAUUCGAUCACGCCAAAUGACAUUUCGUUGGCCAUCCAGAAGCUCCAUGCUUCCUUUACAGCCUUGGCGGGCAAGUACCAGAAGCUCCAUGAAGCAGUUCUCGCCCAAAAAGACUCGUUCAUUCAGCAACACAGGCAAAAACAUGGUUUAUCGUCUAUCAACUUAUUUCCUCAACGACAAGUGUCGUCGGCUGGAAGCGCAGAAAAGAUUCCAACCACUGUUGGACCCUCUGCCUUCUCAGGGCAAAAGGAUCUCAUGACGUUGGCCCGCAACACGCUCAAUGCUACCAGCCACCCGCAGCAAGGUAAUGCUCCGCCCACCUUUGGCUUGGGCACUCAACCCGGAGGAUUCAAUAGCUUCAACAACCCAUCCGGUGGUGGGUUGGGAACUCUCAGUGGAACAAUGGGUUCUGGAUUGUUUUCCAAUCAGAAUACUUUGGGCGUAUCUUCCGCCAACACGUCCACGCCUGGAUUAUUUGGAAACACGAUGAGCCCCUUUGGAAACAUGUCUUCAUUAGGGGCAGGUAAUAAGCGGGGGAAACACUAACAACGAUACGGGAAUAAUAAACGAUUGCGACGGCAGUAACAUGAACAUGUAUUCAGCUUCAAAUAUAGCGCCUGAUAUCUCGGUCA